CAGUCCCUGAUGACGCGCAGGCGCAGUGCAGGUGUUCGUCAGUGUGGAGUUUGUUCAGACGCGUUUCUCUCAUUCUAUCUCAUUUAUUCUCAUUAUCGUCUUAUUAUAGUCUCACUGAAAAGAUGAAAUCGCUGCAUAAACUGCUGCUGCUGCUGUUACUGGCGUUUCCCGCGGCGCUGCUGAUGAAAGGUCCGGUGGUGGCUGCACAGGAUGCGACUGAGGAUGAGGAGGCGGUGGAUGAAGAUGCGGCUGAUGAUGUCAUCGAUGAGGAUGAUGAAGCAGAAGUGGAAGAUGAUGAAAACACUGAACUAACUGAAGAGAAAGAAGAAGAGGAGGAUGAAGGUCUGGUGGGAGAGAUGAAGGCUUCACCAAACGCUGACACAACCAUCCUCUUCGUCAAAGGAGAAGAUUUUCCUGCGAACAACAUCGUGAAGUUCCUGCUGGGUUUCACUAAUAAAGGCUCGGAGAAUUUCGUCGUGGAGUCUCUGGACGCUUCGUUCCGUUACCCACAGGACUUCCAGUUCUACAUUCAGAACUUCACGGCUCUUCAGCUCGGGACGGUGGUUCCUCCACAGCGUCAGGCCACAUUUGAGUAUUCCUUCAUCCCGGCUGAACCCAUGGGCGGACGACCCUUCGGUCUCGUCAUCAACCUUAACUAUAAAGACAACAGCGGAAACGUGUUUCAGGACGCUGUGUUUAAUCAGACGGUCACGAUCACUGAGAGAGAGGACGGACUCGACGGAGAGACGAUCUUCCUGUAUGUGUUUUUGUCUGGUCUCGGUCUGCUGGUUGUGGUUGGUCUACAUCAGCUGCUCGAGUCACGCAAGAGGAGGAGACCAGCAGUUAAAGUGGAGAUGGGAACAUCAAACCACAAUGAUGUGGACAUGAGCUGGAUCCCACAGGAAACACUCAACCAGAUCAAUAAAGCGUCUCCCAGACAAUCUCCACGCAAGAGAACACAGAAACGCUCGGCCGGAUCAGACGAGUGAGGAGACGUAACAACCGUCUUUAUCACGCCAUUCAUCUGUGUGUUCUGCUUGGGACGACAAAAACCCGUCCGUCACUGAACACUUCGAGAGACUGAUACACAACACACACACACACACACACUGAUACACAACAACACAAACCCAUUUUUUAAAGUAGUGAAUGAGCGCAUCAUUGAAGCGGACGUUGGCUGUUAAAGCUUCUUUAUUCUUGAGUUUAUUUCUGAAUUGUCUCAUGAGGAUUGUAAAGAUACACAACAUGUAUUUUAGUUUGUUUGAAUUUGUCCGUCAUGUGUGUGUUUGUGUUUCUGCUGAUGAACUGCGACUUCAGUUGUGCAGUUUUCAAGCGAAACGCUUUUUUUCAGUCGAUGAAUUGAAACGACUGAUUUAAACAUGGAAAUAACUCUGAGAGGGUGCCUGAUUUUUCUUAUUUUUUGUGACUGGUUUUUGAUUUGUCAUUUUUCUCUUUCACACACAAGCGGUCACAUUUACACACAUGAUUGUGAGACUUCCGUGUGUGUGUAAAUACGAGCUCAUAUCAGCUGGGAAACAGAUUGUGUUUAAUUGUGUGUUUGUGAUUAUCGGUUUAUUUCUGCAGGAACACUGAACACACAAACUCUUUCUUUGACGUGCGUUUAUAGUUUAUUGAAACAUGUUUUCUAUUCUGUGAUUCUGUUUAUUCAUCAGCUGCAUUUCAGGAAGAGAAAAACAUUUUCCCCAUUUUUCUUUUUUGUAAAAGUAAUAAAAUGAAUAAAGUGACUGUAUUGUAAGCAUUAUCAGCUAAACUGUAAACAGAUUUUUCCACACGAGUGAAUGAUGUGAGAUUUACCGUUAAAUAAACAUGAACAAAUCAUCA